AUGACCACACUCCAAUUCCAACCCCUCAACUCCCAGCCCACACCCGCUUUUUGGACCGCCCUUACCACUCAUAAACUGGACAAAGCCCGAUUGAGUGAUGAUGAACAACAGAUAACAGGUUGGUUGGAAGAGGGUAGGCAGGUGGAAGACCAUUCAAACUCCUCAUCCAGUGGCGAUCCCACGUAUGUUGGUAUCGAUGGGAAUAUAAGCGUUGGAGGUAAUGCUUUCGGGGAAAGCUCAGAGAGUACUCCUGCUGCUUCGAUUCCGGUCACAGGUAUCCUGAAGAAUUUCAAUACCGUCGAGGACUUUCGCAAGACGGAAACGAAGAAAGAGAUCUUUAACCAAGUCAUUCUUGGGUCUUUCAAAUCCGAUCAGCCUCUCAUUAACCCCUUUCUUCUGGUAACAUUUGCCGAUCUUAAGAAAUAUAUUUACCAUUAUUGGUUCGCUUUUCCCGCUUUCGUCAGUUCACCACCGUGGCGUAUGGAUCAGCAAGGCUUAACUCCCAUUCAAGAAACUGAUCUGCGGGAACUUCGGCAACUCGAAGCUCGACUGUCUACAACGGAAAAUCACAAAGUCGAAGCGUUCCUGGUAAAAGGGGAGCCCGGAUCUCGAUUGAUUGCACCGUUGUCCACAUAUCAAACAUUUUAUUCCGAUGCUUUGUCUACCGAGGUCACAAUAGCUUUUCACGACCCAUCCUCAUCGAAUACAAAUCCCGGUUGGCCUUUACGAAACAUUUUGCACUACCUCAAUCAAGUUCAUGGAACUACACAGGUCAAGGUGAUUUGUCUGCGGCAAGGCCGAGCGAGUAGACAGGCGAUUGUCACGUUGCCCCGAGAGCAACACGGCACCCCAGAUACCCAAGUGUCUGCAGUAGGAUGGGAGAGGACCAAAGAGGGAAAGCUAGCAAGCCGAAUAGCAGAUCUGGGACCGAUGAUGAAUCCAAUACGACUUGCAGAACAAGCAGUCGAUCUCAACCUAAAGUUGAUGAAAUGGAGGAUUGCUCCUAGCUUGGAUCUAGAGAUAAUUUCCCAUACGAAAUGUCUGUUGUUAGGUGCAGGAACGUUAGGUUGUUAUGUUGCACGAAAUCUCAUGGCCUGGGGAGUACGAAAUAUCACAUUUAUUGACUCCGCUAGAGUGUCCUUUUCCAAUCCAGUCCGACAGCCUCUUUUCCGCUUCGAGGAUUGUCUAGACGGUGGACGCUCUAAAGCAGUCUGCGCUGCCGAGAGACUCACCGAGAUUUUCCCUGGUAUAAUUGCCACGGGGCAUUCACUUACGAUUCCCAUGCCAGGACACCCUGUCCCCUCCUCUGCCUCGGAAGCUGCGUGCGAAGAUAUACGGAAGCUAGAAGAACUCAUCAGUCAGCAUGAUGCAAUCUUCCUGCUAAUGGAUUCGAGAGAAUCGCGAUGGCUUCCCACCCUCAUCAGCAUGAACCAGAACAAGAUAGUUAUCAAUGCAGCACUGGGCUUUGAUACUUAUCUUGUGAUGAGGCAUGGCGUUGUCAAUGUCGAUCGCCAUGCAACCCAAUUAGGCUGCUAUUACUGUAACGAUGUUGUGGCUCCGACUGACUCUUUAACAGACAGAACUUUAGAUCAAAUGUGUACGGUCACAAGACCAGGGGCAGCGCCUCUGGCCGCGGCCACAGCGACGGAAUUAUUGGUAUCAUUGUUACAACACCCCUUGAAAGCGCAAGCACCAGCGUACGAGCCUGGCGCAACUGACGGUGGUCAUGAAGCUGCUCUCGGUUCUGUCCCGCAUCAGAUCCGGGGCAUUCUGAGCCAAUGGAGAACAAUGAUCAUUCGUGGCCCUGCUUAUAACCAGUGCACAGCUUGCAGUCCUCUUGUCUUGAACGCAUAUCGACAUGGUGGAGCAAAGUGGCUUUUAGAAGUGUUCGCACGCGCUGAGCUUUUAGAGGAGGUGACAGGACUAGAUCAAUUACACAUUGAGAGCGAGAAAGCAUUGGACAAUAUUGACUGGUCGGACGAGAGCGGUAGCGAAGAUGAAAGUACGACAUAG